AUGGCCCUGGAUUACGGGUCCAUUGCCUUGUAUACUAUUGAGAUCACGAUCACAUACUACUUUUUACUCGGCAUCUACAAUGUCUACUUCCACCCGCUCCGCCAUUACCCAGGACCAUUCCUAUGGCGAUUUAGCCCGGUGCCGAAGAAUAUUUACCUCUUGACGGGCAGAUACGCCGCCAAAGCCCGUGAAAUCCACGAGACCUACUCCGGCGCCGUUCGCGUAGCUCCCAACGAGCUAUCUUAUAUUCAACAAACAGCACAAGCGUGGAAAGACAUCCUAGGCCGCCCCCUCAAAUCCGAAAUGGCCAAAGACAUCCGCUUCUUCGGCGGCGAGAACUUUGGCCGCGACAGCCUCGUCACGACCAGGCCGGAAGACCACACCCGCCAGCGCCGCAUCUUCACACACGCCUUCUCCAACACGGCGCUCAAGGCGCAGGAGUCCCUGCUGGUGGACUACACCGAUCAAAUGGUCGAGACGAUGGGAUCGCUUGCCGAGCGUGAGCGCCAGCGUCAGCGAGCGCACGAUAGUGAGGGUGAGUGUGAUGAGUUAGGGUCCGUCAACAUUGGAGACCUGUACAACUUUGCCACCUUCGACAUCAUGGCGGACUUAACGUUUGGGGAACCGCUUCUGCUGCUUCAGAGGGGCGAUUACACGCCCUGGGUGCGCAACGUCUUUGCCGGGCUCAAGUUUGUCAUCUACGGGCUCGUGUUUCUCGAGAUUCCCGUGCUGGGACCGCUCGUGCAGGCGGUAACGUCCGCGCCGCUGAAGAAGAAGGCGCAGGAGCAUACUAAUUUCGCGGGCCAGCUCGUCGAUCGGCGGCUGAGAGAGAGGCAGAAACAUCCGAAGCCUGAUAUUUGGAGUUUUGUGCUCAAGCACAAUGACGGCGGCAGCAGCAGCAGCAGCAGCAGCAGCAGCGGUGACGACGGAGCCGGGGCCAAGGGUAAAGAAAAAGGUCUGUCGAACAGGGAGAUGCACGCCAACGCGGCCAUGUUCAUGGUCGCCGGGACGGAGACGUCGGGGACGGUGUUGUCCGGCACGACGCACUACCUGCUGCGGAACCCGCGGGUGUACGACAUUUUGACGAGGGAGAUUCGGACUGCGUUUGCGAGGACGGAGGAUAUUUGCGUCGACGGGCUUGUGCGGUUGAAGUAUUUGACCGCGGUGCUGAUGGAAGGGUUAAGGUUGUAUAACCCCGGCGGCGCGGGGAUGCCGAGGAUCGUGCCGCGGGGCGGGGCGGAGGUUUGUGGGGAGUAUAUCCCGGAGGGCACCCUGGUAUCCGUCAACCCCUACUCGGCCUUCACGAACCCGGAGAACUGGGCCCGGCCGAACGAGUUCGUCCCGGAGCGGUGGAUCCAUACGGAUGCGCCCGAGUGGAAGGAUGAUAAGAGGGACGUCCACGAGCCGUUUUCGUAUGGGCCGAGGAACUGCCUGGGCAAGAAGUGA